CUGAAAAAACAAAGAGAGAGAGAGAGAGAGAGGGAGAGAACUGGAUCAAUCCAAAUGGCCUUUAAAGGGGCAGAGCCGAUCCCAGAAGAAACGACGUCGAAUUCUCUCUUAACAAACACGCGCUGCUGCUUCUGUUUUCCCUGUUUUUCUUCCCGACGAUCCUCCACCGUCGGAUUAUCCUUCUGGGAACGAAUCCAAUCAUCAUCACAGUCACACGGCUAUGAUCCCCAUCAAAAUCAAUGGUGGUUCAAGGGGAUAAGAGCGUUGAAGAAGAUCAGAGAGUGGUCAGAGAUCGUUGCGGGUCCUAAAUGGAAAACUUUCAUUCGAAGAUUCAAUCGAACUAAAAGCAGUGGCAGUGGUAGCGGAAGGCGCCAUGGGAACUUCCAGUAUGAUCCUUUAAGUUACUCGCUGAAUUUCGAUGAAGGCCCGGGAGGACAGAAGGGGGAUUUCGAUGAAUUGGAUGAUUACGGUGGGUUUCGCGAUUUCUCCUCCCGUUACGCCUCCGUGUCGGCCUCUGGCCAGCCGGUGGAUAUGGAUGCCUCGGAGAGUAAAGACGUUGUGGUUAUGGCUUGAGAGAGAGGAGGAGUUAUGGCUUGAGAGAGAGGAGGAGCUGUGAGUGAGGGCACAAUGGAUGCUAAUUUGCGCCGGGCUGUGCAGGAUAACGAUCGAGUGUUUGCUGACUCGGUGACGCAAUGUGCCGGCGCGUACAUCUAUAGUAUUAUUAUAGCUUAUAGCUGUAUAGAUAGAGUUUUAUUACCUUUUUUUGGUUAAUUAAAUAAAUUUGAGACGGUAGGGGUGGCAAUGACAAGGAAACACGUGUCAGGAAAAUGGCCAGUUUGCCUUUUAUGCAUGUAUUUUUAUAUAUAUAUAUAUAUAAAUUGGGUUUCUUGUUGGGAGAAUAAUAGGGAAGUAGGGCUUUGUCUUGUAACAUUUGUGUGUAUUAAUAAAUACAUUCUUUAAAUCAAAACAAAGAUAUUUUAGGAGAA